AUGAGAGAGGUCAUUAGUAUUAACGUUGGUCAAGCUGGUUGUCAAAUCGGUAACGCAUGUUGGGAGCUUUAUUCCCUGGAACACGGUAUCAGACCCGAUGGUUACCUAGAAGAAGGUCUUUCCAAACCAAGAGGUGGUGAAGAAGGGUUUUCAACAUUUUUCAACGAGACCGGUUCUGGGAAAUUUGUGCCUCGUGCUUUGUACGUGGAUUUAGAGCCAAAUGUCAUCGACGAAGUGCGUACCGGUCCCUACAGAGAGCUUUUCCACCCAGAACAACUGAUAAGUGGCAAGGAGGAUGCCGCCAACAACUAUGCCCGUGGUCAUUACACGGUGGGCAGAGAACUACUUGAUGACAUUCUCGACAGAGUUCGCAAAAUCUCGGACCAGUGUGACGGUCUCCAAGGUUUCCUGUUCACACAUUCGCUAGGAGGUGGUACCGGUUCCGGGCUGGGGUCUUUGCUGUUGGAACAGCUGUCCAUUGAUUACGGUAAGAAAUCAAAACUCGAGUUUGCCGUCUACCCUGCUCCACAGGUGUCCACCUCGGUCGUGGAGCCUUACAACACCGUGCUAACGACACAUACCACUCUUGAACACGCAGACUGUACGUUCAUGGUCGAUAACGAGGCCAUUUACGAAAUGUGCAAGAAGAACUUGGACAUUACCAGACCAAGCUUGGCGAACUUGAACAAUUUGAUUGCUCAAGUUGUGUCCUCCGUUACCGCCUCUUUGAGAUUCGACGGUUCCUUGAAUGUCGACCUGAACGAGUUCCAAACCAAUUUGGUACCAUACCCAAGAAUUCAUUUCCCAUUGGUAUCCUACGCGCCAAUCUUGUCCAAGAGCAAAGCCCAUCAUGAAUCAAACGCUGUUUCUGAAAUUACAAACGCUUGUUUCGAGCCUGGUAACCAGAUGGUAAAGUGCGACCCAAGAUCUGGUAAGUACAUGGCAACUUGUUUGCUAUAUAGGGGUGACGUGGUCACCAGAGAUGUGCAGAAUGCAGUGGCCCAGGUAAAGAACAAGAAAACCGUUCAACUGGUAGAUUGGUGCCCAACCGGGUUCAAGAUUGGUAUCUGCUAUGAGCCCCCUACUGCCACUCCUCAAUCACAGCUAUCCUCCGUCAACAGAGCCGUUUGUAUGCUAUCAAACACCACUGCUAUCGCGGAUGCAUGGAAGAGAAUUGACAGAAAGUUUGAUCUGAUGUAUUCCAAGAGAGCAUUUGUACAUUGGUACGUCGGUGAAGGUAUGGAAGAAGGUGAGUUCACCGAGGCCAGAGAGGACUUGGCUGCUUUGGAAAGAGAUUACAUCGAAGUUGGUGCUGAUUCCUACGCAGACGAGGAAGAGUUUUAA